GUCAUUUUUCUGAUUUUCUUUGUGGUCUUCGCCACUGAGACGGCCGUCAUUAGUAUUCAUACCCACGCGGUGGCGCCGACGUCCUGGCAUCCUGUCUCUGUGUCUGUCUGCGUCUUCCCAGAAGCAACUACUCCAGCCUAUCCCUUUCUAUAAAUAAACCCUUUCAUCCCCUCCAAUCUACUCCAUCUUUCCCUUUCCAUCUUUUUCUUACACAGAUACGUACGCACGUCUUUUGUUUGUUUUCGCGAUCUUAAUCUUUUGUUCAAAGAUGAAUACUUCAAGUGGGGCUGCAGUUCCAUAUCCUCCACCUCCAUCGUCUACUGCUGCACAAGGUCCUUAUGUGGUACCACCACCGGCAGGUUAUCCUACAAAAGAUGAGUACUCUCAGAAUCCUCCUCACGGCCCAGUGGAAACCAAGUCAAGGGGUGAUGGGUUCUGGAAGGGAUGUUGUGCUGCCUUGUGUUGCUGUUGUGUACUGGAUGCAUGCUUCUGAUGAUCAGAAUCGAGAGCAAUAUUUCUAGAGACCAUUGCUGCUUUAUUUGUUGUUGUUUUUUUUUUUUUUUUUUUUUUUUUUCAUAGAGAACUUGGAUUUUUAUUAUAUAUGUACGUGAAGAAUGGAUCGUGCGCAUGCGAUCGGAUAAUUUUCAUGUUCUUAUGCACGUUGACAGAGCUAUCUUUGCAGUGUAAUUAUCACGGUUGAUUUCCUUUUACUGUUGUAUUUUUAUUUUUUUUGAAAUAUUGGUGAUAAUCUUGUUAUCAUUAUUCUGAUAAUAAUGCAAUAUAUAUAUAUAUAUAUAUAUUGCUUCAUUA